AUGGCAGCCCAAGAAGCACCGACAGCUGACAUAAAUCGCCGUCACUCCUCCGAGUCGCCCUUUGACGAUAAUGCAGUGAUCGAAUCGCAUUACGAGUCGGACAGCGAUGAUUUGCUGGACGAGGAGCCUGUUAAGAAAGAAAAAAACAGAAGACCUCCAGAAAACAACUUCUCACAGCAAAGAUUAAAGGCUGUUAAUCCUGUGUUCACUGCAGCAACUGUGAUCCCCAUGCUUAUUCUUUUUGGCAUAAUAUUUGUACCUAUCGGAGGAGCCAUGUGGUUGGCAGCUCACCGUAUCGAGGACUUGAUGAUUGACUAUUCCCAUUGUGAAACUUCUGCCUCGCUAGACCACUGGUCACCUAUUCCAGACAAAUUUGUCAAUUACAGAUUCAAGAAUCUGCCUGUGGUGAAAACUGCGCAGUGGAAGUUAGAGACUGAUAACAGCCAGCCAUUCGAGGAUGAGAGACAGGUGUGCAAGAUCCAGUUCCAUGUUCCUCACAAAAUCAAGGGCCCGCUUUAUUUCUUCUACCGGUUGGAGAAUUUCCAUCAGAAUCACAGAAGAUACGCCAAAUCUUUGUCUGAGGAGCAAAUCAAAGGAGAUGCCGCAUCGGUGAGUACGAUUAAGGACACAGUGGGUCUCAAUUGCGAGCCUCUAUCUGUUAAUUCUCAGGGUAAGAGAAUUUACCCAUGUGGACUUAUUGCCAAUUCUCUUUUUAAUGACACGUAUGGGACUACGUUGCUGGCCGUGAAUGGGUCGUCGUCAUCUUACACCAUGACUAAGAAGGGAAUUGCGUGGUCGGGCAACAAGAACAGAUACAAGAAGACCAAGUACAACUACACAGAGAUUGUGCCACCUCCAAAUUGGUAUAAAAUGUAUCCAAACGGAUACAACUCGACAAAUGUUCCAGACAUAUCUCAGUGGGAAGAAUUCCAGAACUGGAUGUUCACAUCUGCAUUCCCAGAUUUCAACAAACUCGCAAUGAGAAACGACAAGGAUGCCAUUGAGGAAGGUAUUUACGAGGUGACCAUUGGGUUGCAUUUUCCUGUUUUGCCAUACAAAGGUAAGAAACACAUUUUCAUUUCGCAGAGAUCUGCUAUUGGGGGCAAGAAUUACUUCAUGGGAUGGUCAUGGAUUGCUGGCGGAGGAGUUUGUUUGCUUAUGGGUGUUGUGUUGUUGGCGGUGAACUUGAUCAAGCCCAGGAAGGCAGGCGACAGUAACUUGCUCAGUUGGAACCGAGAAAAGUUUGCCGAGGAUGAGAAGGAAGAAGGUGUUGUGGGGCAGUAG